GUUAGAUUUUCACUGCACUGGACAGGACAACGCUGACUUUAUGUAUCACGAUUUCACUGCCCCUCGUCGACAUCAAUGUCGCCUGUUUAUUGGUCUACUUGUCACCUGUUUAGGCUACCAUUUUACCUGCAUUCCACAAGGACUUUAGCACGGACCCCAAUCACGUGCGAUGGUAGAAAGGAUGUUGACUUAAUCCUGUAUAUGAUGGCUUUCACUAUACAGUUGAAUCUCUGCUACGUCACCUGCCGUGAUCCUCGAAACUGUAAUCAACGGAACUAAUCGACUGAGUUUAUCACAUGAUGCGAAGCGAAUACGCGGCCCAACACGCACGGUCUCACUAUUAGCGUCCCUUAUUGAACAUAAGAUCACAUUUGUGCUGAAGACUGACGUUGCAAU